GACUCGGGCGCGCCUCCUCGCACUCGCGCGUUAGGAGGCCUGGGUGUUUGUGGCGCGCUGUCUUCCCUCCCGCGUCCGGGACCUGCCCGACUCAGCGGCUGCCAUGGCAUCAGAUGAAGGCAAGCUUUUCGUGGGAGGGCUGAGCUUCGACACCAACGAGCAGGCGCUGGAGCAGGUCUUCUCCAAGUACGGGCAGAUCUCUGAAGUGGUGGUGGUAAAGGACAGGGAGACGCAGCGAUCCCGUGGCUUUGGGUUUGUCACCUUUGAGAACAUUGAUGACGCUAAGGACGCCAUGAUGGCUAUGAACGGGAAGUCUGUGGACGGGCGGCAGAUACGAGUUGACCAGGCUGGCAAGUCUUCUGACAAUCGGUCCCGCGGAUACCGGGGUGGCUCUGCAGGAGGCCGGGGUUUCUUCCGCGGGGGCCGCAGCCGGGGCCGUGGGUUCUCCAGAGGAGGAGGAGACCGAGGCUAUGGAGGUGGCCGCUUUGAGUCCCGGAGUGGGGGUUACGGGGGCUCCAGAGACUACUAUGCCAGCCGGAGUCAGGGUGGCAGCUACGGUUAUCGGAGCUCUGGCGGUUCCUACAGAGACAGUUAUGACAGUUAUGGUAAGUCUGGCUCCAAGGACGCCACCUGAGUGGCGUGCGGUUGGGCUCGGUGAACCCUUGUGUCCUCAGAGCAUCUUAGGCUGCUCAGCCUGGGGUGCAGUUCCCAGGCCUGCCAACUGGACAGGGCAGGUGCAUGGAACCCUGUGCCACCUCCUGCGCGCGGGUGGAGCGCAAGCUCCAGUGCCUUUACACUGUCCCGCUUCUGUCCUCAGCUACACACGAGUAAAAGCCCUCCGCGUCCAGAUCGUCCUUCCAUGGCUGUAAUUAAGAUGGGGGAGCUUCGCUGAGCGUUGUGUAGUGAGCACCUCGUUCCCACUUUUGUAGUCCUUUCCGUUCCCACCCGUCGGCAGCCUGCUGCUGGCCCGAGACGGCCUCCUGACUAGACUUCUUUUUAUGAAGUGCUGUCUAUUUUUAAGCGUUUUUAAAAACGUUUUGGAAAGCACUUCAGAUUUUACUGUUUACCAUGAGCCAUGGGUUUUUGUUUUUUUUUUCUAAAUUGUCUGGUUGUGUGGGUUUUGGUUACUUAAUUUUUUUUUUGGGUUUUUUUUUUUGUUUUUUUCUUUUUUAUGUGGCCGACCAUGAAGUCUGGCGCCCCACCCCUCCUGAGAUGAAAUGGACUUGAUUUGAGCAAGCCAUGGCUCUCCAGCUCCCCAGCUCCACUGUGGAGCACAGCAGGUCCCGCCCGUGGGGCACAGGUCCGUGGGGACGCAGCAGUCCAGGAGGCUGUGGAAGUGUUUAUUUAUAUUGUCCUUUUUUACUGAAGAUAUGCAUACUCCAUCGAUGUUGUAUUCACAGUGGCUGAGGAAUUCUUGUACGCAGUUUCUUUGGCUUCACGAAGCCGAUUAAAAGACCGUGUGAAACGAACCUCGCUCUGACCAUUUCCCUUUCAUUGCCGACUGAGCUGCGGCUCCGUGGCCAGCAGAGCAGCUAGGAAGGCAGGGCAGUGCGGGAACGGGAGUGGGCAGUGCUGAGGGGCAGCGGGGCAGCAGAGGCCUCGGCGUGCAGGGCCGGGUGCAGGCAGGGCCGGCGAGGAUGCCUGCCCCGCCAGUUCCAGGCAUUCUCUGCUAGCCUCCGAAGCCGCAGCCCUCGGGGGACAGACGCGAGCCACAGACCCUCCGAGACUCGCCCGCUGCUCCCCCGCUAGCUCUGUGCAGCUGGCCUGUGCCUCGAGGUAACACCUUCCGGCGUGUCGCAUCCCUCCGGUUUAUAGCUCACUUGGACGGAAACUUAGGCCUGGGGUUGACCUUUGAGUCCUGGAAGUUGAGUCAAACUGGUAGUACCUCCUUCUGGUCCUCCCGCAGCCGGCCAGAACCACCGGGAACCCUGCCUUCGUGGACAUGACUUGUUCCUUGCUCGCAGGUCCUUGAGACCUGUGCUGCUGCCUUUAGUUUUUGCCCAGAGUCCGUGAGGCUGCUGAGCGGCGCUGCCACCUUGGGCCAUGGCCACCUUGGGAUGAACCUCGAGGGCGCCGCGAGGGUGGGGGCAGAGAGGCGGGGAGGCGGGAGGGCGCUGCAGGCCCACGGGGAUGCCGGGGUCACAUGCCUCUGUUUGGCAGGAUGAAGGGGACCCAACCUGAAGCCUGGAAGGAUGGCUGUGGUGACGCCGGUCCUAGGGUUCCACAAGAGCAGAAGCCAGAGCCGGCGCACAGUUGCCCGGACAUCCUGAGCUGGCACCGCUCCCAGACGGUGCCUAGGGCUUCCUACAGGAGCGGAAAGCGAAGCUGGGCUGGCGCGGUCCGGGGCAGGACGUUGUGGGGGGCGUCCUGAAUAAAGAGCUGUGACCCAGAA